AAAUGGAAACCGCUGACAAUUAGGAGCAAGUUUUGUCCUUAAGCCCUCCUAACCAAAACCAUGGCGUGCUCCCUCUUCCUUUUCUACCCUAUUCCUCUUCUUGUUUCCAGCGAGGUGCCGGCGAUUCGGGUUGGCGAGGAAGCGGCGCGGUUACGAAUCGGAUAUUGUUAAGGUAACUUCAUACCUCUAUUCGAAAUCGAAACCUCUUUCCUCUUUCUUUUGUUGCCGCCGCUAUGGAUUUAGACCCCGAAGGUAUCUUCCGCGACGACUCCGACUCUGACUCAGACUUACUCCAUCAGAGGGAGUCCACGAAAGAAUUCUCUGUCUACCUCGUUGACGCGUCUCCCAAGAUGUUUCGUGCGGUCGGAACAACUGAAGAAGAUGAAAAGGAGGAAACUUUUUUUCAUGCUGCCGUCCAAUGCAUCUCUGAAUCUCUCAAGGCUCAAAUCAUCGGCAGAUCGUCCGAUGAAAUUUCGAUCUGUUUCUUCAACACUAGGGAGAAGAAAAACAUUCAGGAUCUACAUGGCGUUUUUGUGUUCAACGUUGCGGAAAGAGAGCUUCUUGAUAGACCCACAGCAAGAUUAAUCAAAGAAUUCAGCAGCAUUGAAGAUAGUUUUAUGCAUCAUAUAGGCAGUCGAUAUUGGAUUGAGCCUGCAUCAAGGGAGAAUCCCUUGUACAACGCUCUUUGGGUUGCACAGGCGUUGCUGAGGAAAGGUUCUUUAAAAAAUGUGAGCAUGAGAAUACUCAUUUUCACAAACGAAGACAAUCCUUUUGGAAACAUUUAUGGAUCAGUGAAGGCAGACAUGAUCAGAACUACACUACAGCGUGCAAAAGAUGCUCAGGAACUUGGAAUCUCCAUGGAGCUUCUUCCAUUAGGCGGCAAAGAAUUUGAUGUCUCAAUCUUAUAUGCCAAUUUGCUUGGUCUGGAAAGCGAAGAGAUGCCUCUCUUUCUGAGCUCUGCCGAUGAAAAAUUAGAAGAUAUGGCGAAUCAGCUGCGAAAAAGGAUAUUUUCGAAGAGGAAGGUUAAAACAAUUAUGUUUAAGAUAGCCAGUGGUGUUAGUGUACAAGUGAAUGCGUACGCAUUGAUAAGACCUUCCACGCCUGGGCCUAUUAUGUGGUUGGAUUCUGUCACUAGUCGCCCUUUGAAGACUGAGAGAACGUUCAUUUGUGCUGACACAGGCGCUUUGGUUCAGCAGCCACGCCGGGGGUUUCCGGUGUUCAAUGGUGAAAUUGUGAAGUUUACUGUGGAAGAGUUGGCGGAAAUAAAGAAAGUUUCCGAUGGCCAUCUUCAUCUUCUAGGUUUCAAGCCAUUAGGUUGCCUAAAGGGAUAUCAUAAUAUGAGGCCAUCUACAUUUAUAUAUCCUACUGAUGAGGAGAUAGUUGGAAGCACUCUUGCUUUCGUUGCUUUGCAUAGAUCGAUGUUGCGUCUUCAGCGGUUCGGCGUUGCAUUUUAUGGGAGUUCAUCUCACCCGCAGCUGGUUGCUCUUGUGGCGCAGGAUGAGAUAAUCAGCUCUUCCGGCCAGCUUGAGCCGCCUGGAAUGCAUAUGAUUUAUCUCCCAUAUUCUGAUGAUAUUAGAUACCCAGAAGAGCUCCUGAUUCAUGCUGGAGGCGCACCUCGGGCGACAGAUGAUCAAAUCAAGAAAGCUUCUGCUUUGUUAAAGAGAAUAGAUUUGAAGGACUUUUCAGUCUGUCAAUUUUCAAAUCCCGCCCUGCAGAGACACUAUGGAGUGUUGCAGGCUUUAGCGAUGGGCGAAGAUGAGGUUCCCAAUGUUAAGGAUGAAACUUUGCCUGAUGAAGAAGGCAUGAGGAGGCCAGGAGUAUUGCGUGUGAUUGAGGAGUUUAAAGUUGCUGUCUAUGGAGAAAACCAUGAUCAGGAAGAAGCUGCUAAGAAUGAUUCAAUCACUGAGGCAUCCAAGAAGCGAAAAGCAAUUUAUGAAGUUGCUUUAAAGGAGUCUGCAAGUUAUGAUUGGGCUGAUCUUGCUGAAAAUGGAAAGCUCAAGGAUCUGACUGUGAUAGAACUGAAGAGCUACCUUACGGUGCACAACCUACCAGUCGCUGGGAAGAAGGAAGUUUUGAUAAGCAGGAUAUUAACCCAUUUAGGGUUGUAAGUUUGCCUGGCAAAUCAUUCAUGACUGCUUCUUAUUGGAGGUGAAAGUUAUGACUUCCUGGAUCCUUGUAACAGUUUUUUGUUUUUGUCUUUUUCUCCUUAAAACUUUCCAGUUGAAGUUCCAGUGUGAUUGAUUGCUUUGAUCCUUCUACCCU